AUGAAAUCCUCAUAUCUCGCAAUAAUUGCUAUAUUGAAUCCAUCACUUGGUCUUUUGAUUCCCCGUGGACAUGUGAAGCCCCCCGUGGAGCCUGCUCCUUGUACUGAUUGUGCACCAGCACCACCACCUGCUCCUUGUAAUGAUUGUGCUCCAGCACCACCACCUGCUCCUUGCACUACUUGUGCUCCUCCUGCUACUACACCAUGUCCAACGCCAACAAUGUCAACUGUUCCUGAAACCCCCAAGAUGCCUGAAAUGUCUGAAACCCCCAAGAUGCCUGAAAUGCCUGAGAAACCCGAGAAACCUGAAAUGCCUAAGAAGCCAGAAAUUCCAAGUUUGCCAGAACUUCCAAAGAUUCCAGGCUUACCCGAUAUUGGGGAUUUACUAAAGAUUCCAGGCUUGCCCGGUGGUGGUGGUGAUAAGGGUGGAGAUGAAGGUGGAGACGAAGGUGGAGACGAAGGUGGUGAUAAAGGCGGUGAUGAAGGUGGUGAUAAAGGCGGUGACAAAGGUGGUGACAAAGGUGGUGAUGAAGGUGGUGACAAAGGCGGCGACGAAGGCGGUGAUGAAGGAGGUGACGAAGGUGGUGAUGAAGGUGGAGAAACUCCUGAAAUACCAAAAUUGCCAGAAUAUCCAAAGAUUCCAGGCUUACCCGAUAUUGGGGAUUUACUAAAGAUUCCAGGUGGUGGUGGAGGUGAUAAGGGUGGAGAUGAAGGUGGAGACGAAGGUGGUGAUGAAGGUGGUGAUGAAGGUGGUGAUGAGGGUGGAGGUGGAGGUGGAGCUCCUGAAUUACCAAAAUUGCCAGAAUUACCCAAGAUUCCAGGUUUGCCCGAUCUUGGUAAAUUGCCAAAGAUCCCAGGUUUGCCCGGUGGUGGAGGUGGUGGUUUGCCAGGAUUGCCUGGAUUACCAAAGAUUCCAGGUUUGCCCGGUGGUGGUGGUGGUUUGCCUGGCUUGCCUGGCUUGCCAGGUUUACCUGGGAUACCCGGGUUGCCAGGUUUACCAGGUUUGAAGAAACGUGAUGACAAAGAAAAUCAAGAAGCCUAAUGUAAAGAUCUUUAAGAUAAUGAAUCUAACUUGAGUGAAUAUGUUUCACCAGUUUUAUCAAGAUUCGUUGUCAACCACAAAACUAGAGUUUAUUAAUGUUGAAAGUUCUGUUUAUUAUUUCAUGUUUUAUGCUUUACGUGUAAAUUGUCUUUCUAUUUCGAGUUUCAUAAAUACCUUUAUAUGUUUAUACCAAUAAAUUAUGCUGAUCUCUAGUUUUUAUGGAUUGUUUAAUGAAAACCGAAGUAGGAAUUAAUUUGUGAUUGCUUACAAGUUCUACUUCUGUCUGCCAAAAUGAGAGGAGCUACCAAGUAUCCAAAAACUGAAGUAAUAAUCUAUAAACUAUGGUUAUUUAUCAGACAUAUUAACUACAUCUUCUAUAUAACGGCUUGAGCUUAUAUUUGCUGCCGGAUUAAGUUGGUUUGAUCUCCACAAACACCAAAAUACUCCAACUGGGGAAGUUUUGGCAAUUUCAAUCUCUCUAUGCUGAUUUUGUUAUUGUUGAAUUGCAAAUAUUUGCUACUGGAUGGGAUCAACCCAAACGGUAUUUUGCUGAGCAAGUUACCUUCUAAACUAAGUCUUUCGAGGGUAAAUGGGAAUUUCAUUUGUUCCAUUGAAACUAUAUGAUUCCUUUCCAUACUAAUUGAUUUCAAAUUAGGUAGGUGGGUAGCAAAAUCCAAACAAGGAUAAUGUUGGAUAUUUCCAGUAUGAUUUAGCUCUAGUUCUUGUAUUCCUUUUGGAAGAUGCGACAAAAAGUGAUUAUUAAAUGGAAUAUUGAUACCAUUGAGACGCAAUACCCUUGCCGAAUCAGGAAUAAACAACGAGCCAACAUCUUCCAAUGGAUUGUAGCUUAGAUCAAUAAAUCGUAACGUUGGUGGAAAUUUUAAUUUAUAUUGCUCAAUAUUAAAUUUAUUCAAAUUGUUGCCUGAUAAACUUAGCUUGCACAAAUUGUCACCAAAAUCAAUAUUUAUCAACUCACUAAGUUCGUUUUUAUCUAAUUUCAAAACUUGUAAAGUUUUGGGGAAUUGAUUCCCGUUAAUUGACAUUAAACCAUUUGAAAUCAUUGAAAGUGUUUUUAAUUUAUUCAAACAAAGAAUAUUUGUCAAAUCAUUGUUGUCAAUCUCGUUAUUGUCCAAUAUUAACUCUUCCAAGUUGGACGGUAAAUUUCCCAAAUCAUCAAGAUCAUCAAUUAGAUUGUCUGACAAAUUCAACUUUGUCAAGUUUUCACAUGUAUAGAAAAAAGAAUCAGGCAAACUUUUAAAAUAAUUUCCAUUCAAAAACAAUUCAAUUAGUGUUGCUGGUAAGCGAAUAUAGUCAACCCCAGUUAAUAAAUUCUUUGAUAAAGAAAGAGUUUGUAAUUUAUUUGGUAUUUCAAAGUUCCUAAAACUCUGAAUUCUGUUGUAUGGUAUUCGAAAUAUCUUGAGGUUGUUACUAAAUUUUACCUUGUUUGUUAUUUCUGUUACUGCAUUUAUAGAAGCAUCAAAAAUUCGUAAAUUUGGUGCAUCUUGGAAGUUAGGUCCUUCUAAACUGGUUAUAUUAUUGGCAGUAAUGAUGAAUUGUUCUAAUGUAGAAGGAAUAAUUAGUCCGCGCAAACUUGUGAUAUCAUUUCCAGUUAGAUGAAGGAUUUUCAAAUGAGGAGACAUUCCAUGGAAAUAAUUUACAAUGUUAAAAUCAUUAAAUCCAUUAUUCCAGAGAUAUAACUCUUGCAAUCUGUCUAACUGGAAAGGGUUUAAUCCAAUGGCCCAUUUUACCUUGUUUCGAUUGUAAAUUACAAUUUUGGUUGAUUUUCUGCUUAACAUCUCUAUUUUCUGCAUGAUUUUACUUUGAUUUAACAUUAAACUAGGUGUAGGCGCUGUAUCAUAAAUCAAAUGGAAGUUGACGGACUUUAUUCGAUCCUUGUAAAAAUUAUCAAAUGUAAGCAACUCCAAGAUCAUAAUGAAGUACUCGAUUUCUGCGUCUAAGUCGUCUACUUCGUGUGGUGGUGCUUCUUUCAUUCGAUCCCUAAACCUAAACAAUAGCGUUAUAUCCUUAGGGAAAACUGGUGAAUCCAAUUUGAAAUUAAAAUUGAUCAAUUUUCGCAUCAACUGAUAUCCUUCUUGGAAUCCGUGACAACCCAUAGAUUUUUCAUCUUCAUUAUUUGGAUAUACAAUUCUAAAAAACCCAACCCUCUCACUGUUUCUACUUCGGAUUAGAAGUGAUUUCUGGAAUAUGAAUCUGAACGCAACUAGUUGAACGUGCAGAAGUUGUAAUUGAUCCCAAUCACCUGCUCCUAGUAUCUUUUCAUAAACUACGUUAGCUGGCAAGAAUGAAAAUAUUAAUCUUAGUAAUUCUUCGGGAAAAGUGGAUAACUCUAUUAAGGACGAGAUGUCUUCGUUGUAAUUGCUUUGGGGUUCAUUUCUAUCCAUUUGCUAUAUUACAAAACAGAAUUAGUCUAACGACCAGGAAUCCUUUUUGCUGUAUGUUGAAAAUCAGCAAGAUUGCUUAAUCUUUGAUCCCCCUGCAACACCAUAUGGCUUUUGGUAGCCGUUUGAAAACAAACUGGGACUGGUGCACGACUUUUGUGUGCUACCAUGUUUCGGUGAAGAUAUCAGCAGUUAAUUUCAUGCGCUGGACAAGCCCUUUAGCUUUCAGAGCUUCUGCGGCAUCAGCUGGGAAAUCCUGUUCAAUGGUAAGUAGUCGUUCUCAAACGGUAGUUAUUAGUUAUUGUAUAGGUGGAGACAAGUGUAUUGUUUCUUGUAAAUGUUGUCUGAGGCAGCACUGCUAAGAAACAAAGUUUUUUUUUUCUCACUAACAAGAUCAAUUGCAUGCAGACAGUACCUACAUCUCUUCAUUUGUCAGCAACACAAGUAUGGUUCAUAAUAUACUUCCUUAUGAGGAAAUCAACUUUGUGGUUUGUUAACUGGGUUGUC